AUGUCAUCAUCAUCAUUAUUAUAUAGAACAUCAUCAUUGAUUAGAAGAUCAAUGAUUUCAAUGACCAAUACAUCGACAUCAUCGACAUCAUCUACAUUCAUAACAAGAUCAAGCAGCGAUGCAAAAGGAUUACAACAAUUUUUCGAACAUGAGUACCCAAAGGGAACAUACCCAUUGGCCGGUAAGAAAUGGGAAGCAAGAGAUCUCCGUGGCAAGUCAUUUGAAGAUCUCCACAAGUUAUGGUUUGUCUUGUUAAAGGAACGUAACAAAUUAAUGUCAGAGCGUGAGAAUGCAAAGGAUCACAAGCUCACCAAUCCAUUCCGUCUCCAAAAGGUCAGAAAAUCAAUGACCGCCAUCAAGACUGUCCUCGGCGAACGUGACAGUCUCCGCAAAGAACUAUAUAUAUUGACAAAGUGUGCAGACAAUGAAAGAAAAGACGUACAAAAGCGUGUCGACUAUUUCAAAAACUUGGUUGGUGCCGUCUCUCUAACUCCUGGUCUCAAAGAAUUGGAAGAAUUACAAGAAAGUUUAAAGGUUGACUUGAGUUUGGAAGAAAGCAUAGAUAACUUGACAAACUUAAAAUCAAACUAA